UGAAGAUGAGCACGCCGGUGACGAUGUCAACUUACGUCCGGUGCCUCAGCUACGGGCUCCUGAGGCAGCUGGCAGACUUCAUCGACCCGCAGGAAGGGUGGAAGAAGUUAGCAGUAGAUAUAACCAACCCGACUGGUGAAAGCAGAUACAACCAAAUGCACAUAAGGAGAUUUGAGGCAUUUGUCCAAAUGGGAAAGAGCCCCACGUGUGAAUUGCUUUAUGACUGGGGAACCACAAACUGUACAGUUGGUGAUCUUGUGGACCUGCUGAUUAGGAAUCAGUUCCUAGCACCAGCAAGCCUUUUGCUUCCAGGUAACUCUGUAAGGAUGGCACAAGAAGUUACAAUACCUCUUUCUUCACAGGAAACAUUGCCUAUACAUGAGAAACAACUGCCUGUACAGGAAAAAGAAGUGGCUUCUAUACAGCCUGUUUUAGGUCAGAGUACUGAGAAGCAACAUUCAGCUCCUUUUUUCAGUCAAGAAAACAGCAGCCCACAAUCCAGUAACACAGGCUUCCAUAAUUUUUCAUUUCAUGAUUUGGAAAGCAUUACAAAUAAUUUUGAUGCACGACCAGAAUCAGCUGGAGGCAAUAAACUGGGAGAAGGUGGCUUUGGCGUUGUGUUCAAAGGCUACAUCAACGGCAGAAAUGUGGCUGUCAAGAAGCUCGUUGCUAUGGUUGAUGUUAGUGCUGAGGACUUGAAACAGCAAUUUGAUCAAGAAAUAAAACUGAUGGCAAAGUGUCAGCAUGAAAAUCUGGUAGAAUUACUUGGUUUCUCAAGCGAUGGUGCUCAGCCAUGUCUGGUGUACGAGUACAUGCCCAACGGUUCCCUGCUUGACCGACUUGCUUGUCUGGAUGACACUCCACCAAUUUCUUGGAAUACAAGAUGUAAAAUUGUUCAAGGUACAGCAAAUGGCAUCAACUUUUUGCAUGAAAAUAAUCAUAUUCACAGAGAUAUUAAAAGUGCAAAUAUCUUAUUAACUGAUGCUUAUAUGCCCAAAAUCUCUGACUUUGGACUUGCAAGAGCAUCUGUAACAUUCACACGAACAAUCAUGACUGAAAGAAUUGUUGGAACAGCAGCCUAUAUGGCCCCUGAAGCUCUGCGAGGAGAGAUAACACCUAAAUCGGAUAUCUUCAGUUUUGGAGUAGUCUUACUAGAAAUAAUAACGGGUCUUCCUCCAGUACAUGAGAAACGGGAGCCACAGUUACUGUUAGGUAUCAAAGACGAAAUUGAGGAUGAGGAAGCAACUAUUGAAGAUUAUGUUGAUGAAAAGAUGAGUGACUGGGAUGCACCCUCAGUUCAUAAAAUGUAUUCAAUUGCUGAUCGGUGCCUGAACGAGAAAAAAAACAGAAGGCCAGACAUGAAGAUGGUAUGUAGUCUCACAGAGCAAUGGCUUCUUUUGAGUGUGUGUGUUUACAGUAUCAGUUACUUGUAUUUCUCUAUGUUCUCUUGCAGGUUCAACAGCAGCUACAAGAGAUAAACAUUUGAUAAAUGUUUCUUGUGAUACACACAAAAAAAUUUGUCAUGGAGUAGACACCAGUAGAAAAUACUUUAUUAGUAUUUAGUGGGACACUGUCAGCUUUUCUGCUAUCCAGAGCUUCCUGGUGUGCGUUUAAGGUGGGCUGUUGGCCUGUCACCACGUUUUUGCUAACUGAGCAGCCUUUCACGUAUCCUUAGCCAUUGGGCCCUUUUCUGUAUUUACAAAUUGCAGUGCUGGUAUAUCUUCUCCACAGCUUUUUAAAUGUGUUUCUGUAUUAGAAUCUAUUUGAUUGUUUUGAUUUACAAGUAUCAGGUAUGGCUUCUGCAAAGGCAUAUGACAGUAAUAGGUAAAUAUUUUUUCUACAAACUGCUUCCUUGAUGAGGUGUACUAUACCUCUUUCUAUUGAAGACAAAACCAUUUAAUAGAUAUGAAUGGUACUUACACUGUCUGGGAGAAAAAGGAAUAGUAGCACCCACUUAAAACA